CCGAGAACCAAGCGGGUACCAAAACAAGAUGGAAGGCAACAGAGAAAAGGAACAUUUAUUGGCACUUAAAGUGAUGCGGCUUACAAAGCCAACUUUGAUGCCAUUUCAUCCGAUAACAAGUGACAGUCGAGAUGUGUCAUAUACUUUAACCGAGGAUCAAAAUCAAGGUGACAUUGCUAAACCAAAGGAUUUGGAUUAUUUUGGAGUUAGUGACCUGCUGACAUUACCACAGAACUUUGGGAACAUAUUUCUUGGCGAGACAUUCUCCAGUUACAUUAGUGUACAUAAUGACAGUAACCAAACAUGCUCAGACAUUCUCUUGAAGGCUGAUUUACAGACAAGUUCACAACGGCUGUUACUAACAGGGGUCAAUUCCCAGCCAGUCUCUUACCUGAAACCUAAUGAGAGUAUAGAUGAUGUCAUACAACAUGAAGUUAAGGAACUUGGUACACAUAUUCUGGUAUGUGCUGUCAGUUAUACCACAGAAGCUGGGGAGAAGAUGGCAUUUAGAAAAUUCUUCAAAUUUCAGGUACUAAAGCCAUUGGAUGUGAAAACCAAGUUCUAUAAUGCUGAGUCAGAUGAUGUUUACCUUGAAGUUCAAAUACAGAAUAUAACUCCUGGACCAGUCUAUAUGGAGCAUGUGAGACUAGACCCUUCUAAUUUGUACCAGUCAGAGGAACUCAAUUCAUUGGACAAGAAACAAGGACCUGGUAAUGUGUUUGGUAAAGUUGAUUAUCUCAACCCCAUGGACACACGCCAGUAUCUGUAUUGCCUCGCACCAAAACCGGAACUAUACCUAGAAAACAAGGUGCUCAAAGGGGUGACCAACAUCGGUAAACUGGACAUUGUGUGGAAAACAAAUCUUGGAGAGAAAGGGAGAUUACAGACAAGUCAGCUUCUUAGAGUGGCCCCAGGAUAUGGAGACAUCAGAGUGACUGUAGAGAAGAUGCCAGACAGUGUACCACUGGAGAAAACAUUUGAUGUUACACUUAGAAUAACAAAUUGCUGUGAAAGAGAUAUGGAGUUGACUAUGGUUUUACAGAAUGACUUGAACUCAGGUCUCAUGUGGUGUGGUCUCUCUGGCAAGAAACUUGGCACGCUGUUGCAGAAUGAACACAUGGACUUGUCUCUGAACCUUAUUACAACAGUCCCAGGUUUACAGACGAUAUCUGGCUUACGGCUUACAGACAACUUUCUGAAGAGGACGUAUGAGCACGAUGAAAUAGCACAAGUGUUUGUCUAUAAUGAUCCUGAAUCAUAGUGUUUACACAAUCUGAUAGUGAUGUAGAUUUUUUUAUAGACAGUUAUUGUAUGUUUUUGAUAAAAAUUACUAGUUCAUCAUGUUAAAUCUUAAAUCUUUGAGCAUCAUCUCUGAUUCGAGGUUCUAAGAUAAUGAAACAAAAUUUGUAAACCAGUCUUAAUACUCCCAUCAUAGUUGUUACUGAUCACAGUUUUGAGAAUUAGCCAAUGGGAAAGCUUGCAUUUGAGACUGGUUCUCUAAGUAGUUUUAAUAUUCUCCAGAAAUGUUUCAUAUGGCUGUUAUCUUAAGGUAGGAAUAAGGUUUAAAAGGAGGGACACUAUUAAAUCUUCUUAAAUAGUUAGCAAACAACUGUCAUGUUGUUAUAAUUGGUAGAUGUAUGUAUAUUUUGUUAUUAAACAUUCCAGUAAAUGUCAGUAGUGAAGUAAUAAAAUAGAUAUAAGAAAAGUACAAGCUUACUACCAUUUGAUGUCUGCUUAGCUCAGUAGGGAGAGACAGAUCCAUGGAUUUUAGGGUUUUGAGUUUGAUUCCCAGGCAAGGCAUAUGUUCUCUUUGACAGUUUGUUAAUAGAUAUUGUACCACAGAUGAUUCAUCUUCUGCCUUUGAAUUAUUUGUGAAGAUUAGGUAAAUACUUACAAAGAUUCCAGGAACACAUAUAAUAGGUUAACUUAUUUAAUAAACUGAAAUAUAUUAUAAAAGUGGUGCUAAACCCAGAACAGACUACAGCUGGAUCUUGAUAUUUCAAACUCGCUUAUAUCCCAGUCACACAUACGGCGCGGAUAGCUACGUCUAGCUACAGAUAGAAACGUAGUUAUCCGUAUCGAUCCGUACCUGAGCCGUACAGAUUGAUACAGAUCACUACUUUAAGAUAUGGCUCAGGUACGGAUCGACAUGGAUUACUACAUUUCUGUCCGUGGCUAGACGUAGCUAUCUGCGCCUUAUGUGUGACAGAGGUAUUACCUGGAAAUUCUGGCUAUACAGAGAGAUGUUCAUGUCCUAUCCCAGACUCAUUAAGUAGAGAACUGCUAAAGAGAUUAAAUGUUCUUCUCUCUUGGGGUUGUGCAAUAUCUGUUGUAAAUUUUUAGAAUGAUAUGCCAUCGUUGAUUUAAUAUUUUUGCACCUUGUAACUGUGUGGCUAAUUGUUCUUUUGUAAAAGUAAAAAUACCUACUGAUAGAGAUAUAUAUGUAGUGAUAUAACAUUUGUACUAAAAUUGCCCCAUAUGGUUCUGAGACAAUCUGUGUAUGAAAAGAAUUGGAACCACUGCCUUAUCCUUGCAUGAUCGUAAGAGGCGACUAAUAGGGUCUUAACACUUGGUUUAGCAGUAAUCUGUGAUUCCAGCAGGUAUGCAAAUUUUGAUUCCAUACCUCAUGUAAAUGAGAUGUCGAACCAAAAUUUGUAGUCCUGUUUGGCGCCAUAUAACCUAUACUGUGUUGGUGCACCGUAAAACCCAAAUAAAUAAAUAAAUUGUACUAAAAUUGCAUACAUUAAAACUUAUCAUGCUGGACACGAUUGUUUCUGUCAUUGCGACCAGUGUAGAUCAUGAUCAACCUGCACAUCCAUGCAGUCUGAUCAAGAUCUGCACUGUUUUUUAUUCAGUCUGUAUCUUUUUUGGUAAGAACCCGUUUUAACAGUUAAUGGUACUGUCCAAAUUGAAAGAUGGACAAAGAAAUUUAGCAGGGCAAGAGUUAAUACACUGAACACUCGAGGAUGCAUUUGGAGGAGCAAAUUACUCGAGUUAUCUAGGAUUUCAAAUUAUCCUAGAAUAAAAACUAUAAGGAGAACAACAGGGGACCACAUGUAUUAACUGAGGGAGCCCAUAAACUCUAGCUAUUCAUUGAUGAUCAAAUGAGCAUUGUUCCACUGUAUUAAUUUACAUAGUUUAUGGCUUUUGUCAAAUAUAAUUUAUCUGUUUCAGAAAAAGUUAUCUGUUUGAAACAAACUUAAAGACUCGCCACAGAAUAAAUGUUUGCUUUUGUGUUUCCAUGUUGGUAAUUAUACAUGAUUGAGAAGUUUCUAGUUACAAGUUGACAGUGUUAUUUAUUAGGCAAAGACAAGAUGCUUUUAUUUACAUUUUAUUGCAUUAAUGUAGCAGUUUGCCAAGUACUUUAUGUAUUUAGUAAAGUUAAAACAUACUUUGUUUCUAUAGUGUAUUAUAGUUAUUUAUGUGUGAAAAAGAUUGACUGAAUGAGUUCGCAGAUGAAAUUGUGAAAGCACUUUAAUUCAGGAAGGGUCUAAAGUGUCCACCUGUCAUCUUGUAAUAUAGCUUAUUAUACCUUUAUUGUCAGAAUGAUUUUUAUGUAAUUUAGGUGAGGUAAGAAAUUAGGACACUAGGUUGUGGUGGGUCUUUAAGUGACAGCAUUGUCCUCAACUGCUGCUGCUUCCUGUUUGUGAUGGAUGAUAAUAUUUGUAAUGAUUGUGUUCUUAUUUACAAAUGUAAGAAAAUUAAAGAUACCUUACAAAAGGAA